AAGAACCAGCUGUUCUGAGAGAGAAGCUGCUGGACCUCAGAGACCAGGACCAGGGGGCUAUGGAGGACCAAAACCCGGACCACCAGCUGCUGGACUCAGCCUCGUGCUCAGGAAGUCCUCGCGGUCAGGUGAGAGUUCACGUGUUCGGCUCGUGUCGGAGUUUGGCGGGUCCGGUUCUUUUAAAGUCUCCGGUUCAGAGUCUCUUAGAAACGGAGUGUUUAGACCGGAAGAACUUUAACGACUUUAUUUUCACAGAUCUAUACUUUUAUUUUGAAAAGCUUACAGGGAGCGUCUCUUCCAGGAAGUGACGACAUUAGAGGACUCGGAGCGGUUCGUUCUCCGGUUCUUGGUUCGGAGGUUUUACUCCCGGGUUCUGUAGUCCUCGGUCCCGGAGUUCUGGUUCUGGAGAACUUUAAGGGGUUUCAAAGAUCCAGUUUUAGUGUUUUUUUAAAAGCUGUCAAUCACAGAAACUUCCGGACGUCCUCAUCUAAUCAGAGGCUGUGUAGGGCGGGCUGUGACGUCAGCAUUCCUCUGAGUCUUUUCAAAGUAAAAGCCCCUAAAAAAACACUUUAAACAUUAGUUUGUACGUCGUGGAUCAAAGAGUUCCGGUACUAAUGUGGAUGAAAACAGAUCUAUGUUAGACAGAUAGAUGUCUCUGUCUUUAGAAGAGUUUGACUCUCGGAGACAGUCUGUCCACGCGGUCUUUACUUUACUAAUCUGUAUUAAAAUGAUCAAUACUCUAAAUGUGAGACUCAUGUAGACCGCGGGUGUCAAACUCAACCGCAGUUUCUGCUUCUCCACCUUUAAUUCACCCUCUGAGGACCGCGGACCCCCCUGAGAUCAGGACAGGAGGUGGGACUAACUCUCAUACCAAAGUUCUGACCUUCUUACGGCCCCCCAGGACAGAGCUGAGGGCUCCUCCCCCGAUGAGGCUGAUCGUGAAUCUUUUACACUUCAAAGAGACCGAGUCCGGGUCAGACAGGACCCUGAGACCGAAUCCACAUCCUGACCUCGGCUGGGAUCGCUCAGAGUUGACACCUCAGCCUGAAGGUCGACCCAAAGACCAGGAGACACCCUGACCGCGGGUUCCUGUUCAGAGAAACACUCUUUGUCUCUUUAGUUCAUCGUGUUUAAACUGUUAAAUUCACACGUUUAUUCGAGCUUUUCUGGACCAAGAGCGCCACCUGGUGUUGUUUUCUGAACAUGAUUUUGCUCUUUAUUUAAUUCUGUUCCAUGUUUUAUAUUUUGUAGUUUGUUGAAUGAGAUCUUCACAGAAACUCUUUUGUUUUGAUCGUUUUAAUUCUGUUUUUAUUUUCCUCAUCAGAACAGAUUCUAUGACGUUUAUUCUGUCCAGAUGGAAAAGUUGUUUUUUUAAUCUUUAAAAGUGUAAAUUUUCAGGAAAUGUCUGAAAAUCUUCAUUUUUAAACCUUUAGUGGACGAAUCCAAAAUCUGAAAUAUGAGUGAGAGACAAAAAAACACGUUUGACACGAUAAAGUAAUUCAACAGAAUAUUUAUUUUUAAUAUUUGAAAACAUCUUGAUUCUGUUUUUAUUUAUUUAAGAGCAACAAAUGGACCAAAAAUGCUCUUUUGGAAACUGUUUGAAAUCACGACCUACUGAUCAUUUAAAACUUCUCUUUAUUGAUCGAUCAGUAACAUCAGCUGAGAAAAACAGGUGGUGUAAAAAGGUGGGGGUGUUCGUGGACGAGUAGGUGGUGAAAUAAAAAGUAUUUGAGUCAAACGAGAAUUUUGGUCAUAAAUAAAUGAAAACAGAAUCGAGAUGAUGUCAAAUAUUAGAAAUGAAUAUUUUAUGGAAUUACUCGUGUCAAAAUCAGGUCGCAUUUAUCCGACCUUUACGUCAUCAAUAUGAGACAAACGUCACCAUUGUUCAACACAAACAGGAGCGGAGAGAUAUUUGUGUUCAUGAGGGUCACUGUAACGUGAACGACGCACAAAAAGAUCGGAUUGAACUAAAAAGUCGGAAUUGUGCGUCAGAACCUGCAGAGUGAACGAAGACUUACUGUGUUAAUGUGUCUCUGUGAGUUGUUUACGUCUAAAGUUGUCCCACUCAUAUUUGAUUUUUUGAGUUAAGGUUCGUACACUAAAGGGUUAAAAACGAAGAUUUUCAGACGUUAAUUCAGUUUGUUACCUGACAUAUUCAGAAAAUUAACACUUCGAGGAUUAAAAACAAACACAGGUGGUUAUAGAGGCGACAGAGACGCUCCUGUUUUUAUACAAACUCUGUCGUCUCACUAACUCUCCUCUUCUUCUGUUCAUCUGUUGCCAUAGAAACGGAGAGGACGAAAAGGAUUCAAAGACCAUCUGGAUGAUAAAUCCUCAGAGACGUCCGCGGGUCUGAAGACUCGGCGGGAGAAACCGUACAGCUGUGAGGAUUGUGGGAAAAAUUUCUGUAACUCAGGUAACCUGAAAACCCACCGCCGCAUUCACACGGGAGAGAAACCGUACGGCUGCGGCGAGUGCGGGAAGACGUUCGCUCGCCCGACUCACCUGAAGGACCAUCAGAAGAUUCACACGGGGGAGAAACCGCACCGCUGCGACAUGUGCGGGAAAAGCUUCGCCAGGGCGGGGAUGUUAAAGAUUCAUAAACGCGUUCACACGGGAGAGAAACCGUACAGCUGCGAUCAGUGCGGCGCCACGUUCGCCCACAGGGGUCACUUCAAGACCCACCAGAACAUCCACACCAGAGAGAACCAGUACCCCUGUGACCAGUGCGAGAAGAUGUUCACCAACGCCGCCUCCCUCAAAUUCCACCGCCGCAUUCACACCGGAGAGAAACCGUACAAGUGCGAGCACUGCGAGAAAUCCUUCGCCAAGCACAGCCCCCUGGUCCGUCACCUGAGGACUCACACCGGAGAGAAACCGUACUGGUGCGACGUGUGCGGGAAACACUUCGCCCGAGGGAGCGCCAUGAAGCUCCACCGCCGUCUGCACACGGGAGAGAAACCGUACUGGUGCGACCUGUGCGGGAAAACGUACGUGACCUCGGGCGGUCUGAGCGUUCAUAAACGAAGUCACACCUCAGAGGACUGACCGAGUCUCAGAGGUUCACUGUUACCAUGGCGACCACUCCCCUCUGAUCCCCUGCGGCCUUCGUCGGCGUCAGACUCAGAGAUUAUCAGGAUUCAGAUUCCUCAGAUUUACCUCAAACUGUUUUUAUAUGUGAACAGAAAUUUUUUAUGAACUUUUUGAUUUUUUUUUUCCUUUUUUUUUGGACAAAGAGACAAAAAUUUUGCGGACUGUGAAGUUUGGAGAGUUUGACUGAGAUGAGAUUUGGCGGGUGGCGGAUUUAAAGGCGAGGAGAGGAGCUGAUGGUGAAAACAGGUCUCGGCUGUGUUAAACCCACGCCACGCCCUCUCUCCUCCCUCUCUACGACGCACGCCGCUGGGAGGAGCUGAGUUAGGGAGGGAGGAUACUUACACCGGGCUGCGCCGCUCACCAAAAUACCAAAAUGUGCUCGGGAACGCCUUGUCGGCGCGGCGGACCUGACUGGACAUCAUCAGUGGACUCUCUCAUCAGGAUUUCUUUGCUCAGUUUCUCGUUGGGGGACGUUGUCCAUUUUUUAAACUAGAGGACAGUGUCUCUCUCUCUCUCUCUGUUCAGGAGACGUGUGUAAUGUCAUAUGUCUCCACAGGGGGGCGCUGUUGCAUUCAGCAUCUGCUUCAUUGACGUUUUCCUUGCAGAGGAAGUUCCUCUGUGUCCCACUGAGAAACAGACGCUGUUAGACAUCUAGUUUAUUUUAGACCCAAUUUCAACGUCUAGAUUCUGUUUAUUUUUAGACUGAAUUCAGACGUCGCACUUUAACUAUUCGAUAACUAUCUAUUUCAAAAACCAUCUGAGAGUUUAUACCUGAUCUGCAAGUACUUCACCAAAAUAAUCAUGAUAGUCGUCGAGCAAAAUACAGUUUAGUAAAGAUGGAGACCAGAGUUAGACUUGGUCUAAACUUCGACAUCUGAAACACCUGAUUUUAGAUCAGCCAUCUAGACUACAUGUAGAUGUCUCUUAGACCAAAAAAGGCUCAGUGGGAGGAGUCAAAUGAAGAAAUAGGAAACAAUUCAAAAUAAAAGCCAAUUCAAAAUAAGUCAAUUUCAAAAUAAAAGCCAAUUCAAAAUAAAAGCCAAUUCAAAAUAAAAGCCAAUUCAAAAUAAGUCAAUUUCAAAAUAAAAGUCUAUUAAAAAUAAGUCAAUUUCAAAAUAAAAGCCAAUUCAAAAUAAAAGCCAAUUCAAAAUAAAAGCCAAUUCAAAAUAAGUCAAUUUCAAAAUAAAAGUCAAUCCAAAAUAAAAGUCUAUUCAAAAUAAAAGUCAUUUCAAAAUAAAAGCCCCACAGACCCUGAAGUUUAAUAUUUCUCUUUAACUUGAACGUUGACUUUGAUAAGACGGUAUCUUGAGCCCAGAGUCAGGGAUCCUGUCGUCAGGAUGUAGACUGUCAGAUUCCUCUUCCUCCUGUUUUAGUUUUGACUUCACUCCCUCCAUGUUAACGGGUCGGUUCUGACCCGGGUCUGAAAUCAGCUGUUAAAACAGUUCUCUCUCCUCCAGUUUGGUUCUGGUCUCUCAGUUUUCUUGUUCGGCUUCAUUAUCAAUGAAAAUAUUGAUUAUCAUAGUUGUUGUGGUGGUCCUCACACAGACAUCUAAACUCUCACAUCUGGACAGAGAAAAACAUGAAAACUGAGAAUGAAGAGGAUCUGACUGUGAGCAGUUUUUAGUCAAAGAGACAUCUACAUGUAGUCUAGACGUCUGGACUAAAAUCAGACUACCUCAAAAUGAGAGUUUUUUAGACGUCUAAAUUCAGACCAAGUUAAAUCUCGCCGUCUAACGAGGGUCUGACUGUAUUUAGAGUUUUAGUUCUUAGAGAUCAGUUUUAAAACUCCGUCUGAGUUCAGUCUAAAGAUAAACAGAAUCUAGACGCUGAGAUUAAGUCUAAUCUUAAGUCUGUUUCUCAGUGUCAGCGCUCUCAUGAUUCCAGUUUUUACUCUGAUUAUUAGAUAUUGAUCAAACCGGGUCAACAGCCACUCAAGUGUCUUAAUUUUAAUGAGAACAUUUUUGAAUUUAGUCGUUUUAAUGAUUUUAUUUUGUUGAAAUCGAAGUUCCUGACGAAGUCACAAAGUCGAACACAGAAUCUAGAAUCUAAAGGUCUAUAACGUCAGACUUUUCGGACUGUUUCUCGUCACUCUUGAAUGUUUUUAUCUCUCAUGUUGUCCCUCCAAAAUAAACCUCCCUGACCGUCUCUAA